AUGGCCGGGAUCACCACCAUCGAGGCGGUGAAGCGCAAGAUCCAGGUUCUGCAGCAGCAGGCCGAUGAUGCAGAGGAGAGGGCCAAGCACCUCCAGCGGGAAGUGGAGGGAGAAAGGCGGGCCCGGGAACAGGCUGAGGCUGAGGUGGCCUCCUUGAACCGUAGGAUCCAGCUGGUUGAAGAGGAGCUGGACCGCGCUCAAGAGCACCUGGCCACGGCCCUGCAAAAGCUGGAGGAAGUCGAGAAGGCUGCUGAUGAGAGUGAGAGAGGUAUGAAGGUUAUUGAAAACCGAGCCUUAAAAGAUGAAGAAAAAAUGGAACUCCAGGAAAUCCAACUCAAAGAAGCUAAGCACGUUGCAGAAGAGGCAGAUAGGAAGUAUGAAGAGGUGGCUCGUAAGUUGGUGAUUAUUGAGGAAGACCUGGAACGCACAGAGGAGCGAGCUGAACUGGCAGAGUCCCGUUGCCGAGAGAUGGAUGAGCAGAUCAGACUGAUGGACCAGAACCUGAAGUGUCUGAGUGCUGCUGAAGAAAAGUACUCUCAAAAUGAAGACAAAUAUGAGGAAGAGAUAAAGAUUCUUACUGAUAAACUCAAGGAGGCAGAGACCCCUGCUGAGUUUGCUGAGAGAUCGGUAGCCAAGCUGGAAAAGACAACGGAUGAUUUGGAAGAUAAACUGAAAUGCACCAAAGAGGAGCACCUCUGUACACAAAGGAUGCUGGACCAGACUCUGCUUGACCUGAAUGCGAUGCAGAGCACCCCAGUCCCACCCUGCCGCUGCUCCUCCCUCUGACCCCGACUCCGCUGAGGCCAGCCUGCCCGAAGCUGACCUUUAAACUGAGGGCUGAUCUUUACCUGGAAGGCUGCUUUCACCUUUUGCCACCU